AGUCCGGGGAUGGUGGAGAGCACUUUUGGGAAGCCUUCACUCCACGACUCGGGCUGGCCCGUCAGAGCUGGGGGAAAGGGAGCGGGGGCUGCGGGAGGAGGCUCGUCGCGAGCCUGACCUUCCCGGAGCGCCCUGCUGCCCAGCCGCGGGUCCUGGACGAGACCCCCGAGGGCUCGGGCUGCAUCCUGGGGAGCGGGAGGGCAGGCGUUGCGCCUCUAGCGCGGCAGACUCUGAGGUCCUGGGAACCCCGCUCGCUCAGCCCGGCGUCGCGAUGCACGCCCUCUCAGGAUUCUCCCUGGUCAGCCUACUCAGCUUGGGCUACCUGUCCUGGGAUUGGGCCAAGCCCGGCCUUGUGGCUGAUGGGCCUGCCGAGGCUGGCGAUCAACCUUCGGCGGCUCCACCGCAGCCUCCACACAUUAUCUUCAUCCUCACCGACGACCAAGGGUACCACGACGUGGGAUACCAUGGCUCAGAUAUCGAGACCCCAACGCUGGACCGGCUGGCAGCUGAGGGCGUCAAAUUGGAGAAUUAUUACAUCCAACCCAUAUGUACACCUUCGAGGAGCCAACUCCUCACUGGCAGGUACCAGAUCCACACAGGAUUGCAGCACUCUAUCAUCCGCCCACGGCAGCCCAACUGUCUGCCCCUGGACCAGGUGACGUUGCCCCAGAAACUACAGGAAGCAGGCUACUCCACCCACAUGGUGGGCAAGUGGCAUCUGGGCUUCUACCGGAAGGAGUGCUUGCCUACCCGCAGGGGCUUCGACACCUUCCUGGGCUCCCUCACAGGCAAUGUGGAUUACUACACCUACGACAACUGUGAUGGCCCAGGGGUCUGUGGUUUUGACCUGCACGAGGGGGAGAGCGUGGCCUGGGGGCUCAGCGGCCAGUACUCUACUAUGCUCUAUGCUCAGCGUGCAAGCCACAUCCUGGCCAGCCACAGUCCCCAGAACCCUCUCUUCCUCUAUGUGGCUUUCCAGGCAGUCCACACGCCCCUGCAGUCACCUCGAGAGUACUUGUACCGCUACCGCACAAUGAGCAACGUGGCGCGGCGCAAGUACGCAGCCAUGGUGACCUGCAUGGACGAGGCUGUGCGCAACAUCACCUGGGCCCUCAAGCGCUAUGGUUUCUAUAACAACAGUGUCAUUAUCUUCUCCAGUGACAACGGCGGCCAGACUUUCUCAGGGGGUAGCAACUGGCCCCUUCGAGGACGCAAGGGUACUUACUGGGAAGGUGGUGUGAGGGGUCUGGGUUUUGUCCAUAGCCCACUGCUCAAGAAAAAGAGACGGACCAGUCGGGCCCUGGUCCAUAUCACAGACUGGUACCCGACACUGGUGGGUCUGGCCGGCGGCACUACGUCGGCGGCUGAUAGGCUGGAUGGCUAUAAUGUGUGGCCGGCCAUUAGCGAGGGCGGGGCCUCACCACGCACAGAGAUCCUACACAACAUUGACCCCCUCUACAACCAUGCCCGGCACGGCUCCUUGGAGGGUGGCUUUGGCAUCUGGAAUACAGCAGUGCAGGCUGCUAUCCGAGUGGGGGAGUGGAAGCUGCUCACCGGAGACCCAGGCUAUGGUGACUGGAUUCCUCCUCAGACACUGGCCUCUUUCCCUGGCAGCUGGUGGAACCUGGAGAGGAUGGCCAGCAUCCGCCAGGCGGUGUGGCUCUUUAACAUCAGUGCUGACCCUUACGAACGAGAGGACCUAGCUGGCCAGCGACCUGAUGUAGUCCGCACCCUGCUGGCUCGCCUGGCUGAUUAUAACCGCACUGCCAUCCCUGUGCGGUACCCGGCUGCGAAUCCUCGGGCCCAUCCUGACUUUAAUGGGGGUGCUUGGGGGCCCUGGGCCAGUGAUGAGGAAGAAGAGGAGGAGGAAGAGGAGGAAGAAGGCAGGGCUAGAAGUUUCUCCCGAGGUCGCCGCAAGAAGAAAUGCAAGAUUUGCAAGCUUCGAUCUUUCUUCCGUAAACUCAACACCAGGCUGAUGUCCCACCGGAUCUGAUGGCUUGGGGUGGCAGGAAAUCUCAGUUCCCCUCAGAUACUGUCCCUUUGCUGGUUCUCAGGGAGAAGGCCAAGGUCAUGUCUUCAUCUGCAGGCAUGUGGAGGGAGGGUACAGAAACCCUCAGCUGAAUAGGGUGGGUCUUGGGGGAGGGCGCCAACCAGGCUGGGAUGCCUGGGUCACGGUUCCGCCUCUUUCCUGAUAUGUUUGUUCUUUGCCCUCAGGUUGCCUAUAGCAGCAUUCUGCCUCAGUCUCUCCCUAAGAUGAGCUCUGGUGACUUUAGGACUCCAGUGUACACCCGUGUCUGGGGCCAUUGGCAGGCUUCCUUGCUGACCUUGCCACCUUCCAGACGACAUGAGUCCAUGACCUUUUUGCCAGGUCUCUGUGGUGCUCUUGGAUAUCAGCUGGAGUAUGGCCAGCUGGCUGCUGCUCUGUUGAACAACUCAACGAGAACGGACAGUGUAGGCUCCGGGAAUCUUGACAUUCCUAGAGUCUCAAGACUUGGGAGCCUAGUGGAAUUCUCCUCUUUUGGUCCCCAGCACCCAGGGGAAACUGGCUGGGCCCUGAGCCACUGCAUAGAGAGGGUGAGGAAAAUGGCUGUGAAAGGAGCCUUUGAUUUGGCCUUGAACACAGUUCUCCCCUACAGGGCCUUGAUUUCCCUACUUGCACAGGCGUAGGGGAAUAUUAGCCCUGGCUGGCUUACCUCAGGGUGCUGUGGAAAACUGGCCGAGCUGAUGGUUGUGGGGGGAAGCCUGUGAACUUGAUUAAAGUGCCAUUACCCAGAGACAAGAGA